UACUGUGUGAGUUGUGAUUGGUCACAGCUUGUCACAUGGUACAAGGCUGUUGUGAAUAGCCUUGUACCAUGUGACCUCUGUGAUCAUUCACAGAUUUCACACGUUUGACAUCUUGCUUACUAGUCUUCAUGUGAUCACUGAUCACAUGAUCGGGACCUCGCACACAGCGGGCACCGGAUCGCGGUGCUGCACGCUCCCAGGGAACGCGCACAAGCAGGGGGCGGGGAGGCCGUUUAUAAAUGGUCACCCACCCCUGCACUGCUCCCGU